GCUCCAGUUCAGUGCCCAGUGCGGCAGCAGGAUAUCAUAUUGUCACAGCACCCCAUUGUACUUCAUAUACCAUUUUGGGCAAAUACAGGAGAAUUUUCGUACUUUUGCUGCCCUCCAUUCUGCUCACAGAUAGAGCUUUCUUCUUGGAAGAUCCCAGGCGGAGGUCUACUGUGUAAGAGUAAAGAAAUAAGAUAUCAGCGACUACAAAUAAAGUACAAGUAGUUUCAUUCCAGCGCGAGAAGGUUCCUUACAACUUCGACAGGGAGUUACUUACUGCUUCCACUUCGUUGAAAAAGUCCAUAGGUUAAGCCGUCUGUAGUCCCGUUUUCUUGUUCCUCCUUUUUGUAGCAAAAGAGUAUGGCCGACUUUAGCGAUUUGCUGGCGCUCGCGCCCAAGUCGCAGCUGGAGUUUGUCGGGGGCAGCACUGCAGGCGAGGAGCAGACGCUGGAAUUGAAAAAUGUCAAUUCCAACCCAGUAGCCUGGAAAGUGAAGACCACCGCACCGAAGGCGUACCUCGUGCGCCCGAGUUCAGCGCUGUUGAUGCCGGGCGACACCGCUGCUGUGCAGAUCUGCUUGCAGGCCAGCAGCGCGCCACCAGAUUUCUCCACACACCGGUUUCUCGUGCAGGUAAUGGAGAUUCAUUUUGGAGUGCGCAGAUCGUCAGCGAAGAUCUUGUAUAUGUGGUCGUGGCUUCGUAAGUGACAAAAGUUAAAUUUACGUCAAAUUUUACUAAGACGCAAACUCAUGUAUGACAUCACAGGCGACAGCGGUUGGGUCGGACAGAACGACAAAUUUGGGGAAAUCGGACUGGGAAAAGCUGCAGAGGGGCGAGAUUAAGGAAGCACGACUCACUGUUGUGGAGAAGCAGCCAGCUGCAGGGGGCGUAAAGAAGGGUAUAGUAGAAUCAGCACAUACGUCGAAAACCUUCAGUUCUUGCAGAUUCGCACUUGCAGAUUAGGUUCAGUGUGCACUCAAUGACUUUGGUUUUUCUUUUUGUCCUGUUUUUACUUACCUAUCAGCACCGUAAGAAAUAAUGCGGAAUCUUCGAUUGAUAUCAUGCAGGUGGCGAUCUGCAGAAGAACUAUGAUGAAUUAGUGGGAUAGGAGGGAGGUGACCCGUCUACCACCUUUUUCCAAUGUUAAAAGGGGGAAUGGAGGUGAGCCGGCUGCCAUCUUUUUCCAAUGUUCAGAGGGGGAAUGGAGGUGAUCGAUCCGGCUGCCAUCUUUUUCCAAUGUUAAAAGGGGGAAUGGAGGUGCCCCGGCUGCCCUCUUUCUCCAAUGUUAAAAGGGGGAAUGAAGGUGGGCCGGCUCCCCUCUUUUUCCAACGUUACAAGGGGGAAUGGAGGUGCCCCGGCUGCCAUCUUUUUGCAAUUUUAAAAGCGGAAGGUCGCCAAUGGCUACGGCGUCCGCGAUCCGUAGACGUCCGGCAAGCCUUGGAGGCGCAAGCGGCCGAGCCGCCGACUUUGGCAGCGACUCCAGCGCGCCGCUUUCGGCGCACCCCGCCGCACCGUUUUCGCCACAGUUGCGCAGACUGCUGCCGCAGUGCAGUGCCGCCCUAAUAAAGGCGACCCGGCCGCUUGGUCUCCCCUCGGUCCCGAGUGAGUAAGAACAUCCCGGCGCCAGUCUUUUCGUUUCCGAAUAAGAAAGCGGCCGCCACGUACGGAGGAGGAGGAGCCCCAACCCCCGAAGGAGGUGGUCUGAGGUCCGGAGGAGGAGGUCCGGCCUCCGGCGGAGGAGGAGGUCCAACCCCCGGAGGAGGAGGAGGUCCGGCCUCCGGAGGAGGAGGAGGCCCAACCCCCGGAGGAGGUGGUCUGAGGUGCGGAGGAGGAGGCCCGGCCUCCGGAGGAGGAGGAGGUCCAACCCCCGGAGGAGGUGGUCUGACGUCCGGGGGAGGAGGACGGGCCUCCGGAGGAGGAGGAGGUCCAACCCCCGGAGGAGGUGGUCUGAGGUCCGGGGGAGGAGGGCGGGCCUCCGGAGGAGGAGGUCCUUCCAACCUCCGGAGGAGGAGAAGCUCCGGGUUCCAGAGGAGGAGGCCCGGUGACCGGAGGAGGUGGUCAUGGUUUGGACGGAGAAGGCGUUGGGCGUGGGAGGAGGUGGCCCGGUUGGGGGAGGAGGUGGUCGGGGUUUUUGUUGGUGCUCGUGAAAAUUGUUGGGUAUGGACGGUUUUCGCUUCUAAUUACAUUAUGCAGGUGGCGAUCUGCAGAAGAACUAUGAUGAAUUAGUGCGUCAAUGUUUGCCAUGGAUGCAACCAAGCAAAACAACACAAGGCGGAAAGACAUGGCGUUGAAAAUUCUCACACAGAAACUAGAUAGCUUCGCACGUCGGGGCCUGUUUAGGGGGUUUGUCAAUAGAAGCCCGGGCCUCAUCACAUUACAGACAGAAGAGACACACUCUCUCACAGACCGAGUCCGGCAGCGUGCCUCGCAAACAAGGGCGCCACCAGGCUUCACGCGUGCAGGCUGUCUUGGGGUUGUUCGCAGGUGCAAGCACCCCGCUGGCUUUGCAGGCUACUCACAAGCCCCGACGGCUACCAAUUCGCGCUGAAAACAGGCCACGCAAGAAAUCAUCACUCAGCCCGCAGCCCCAUGCAAGUCCCCGGAGCUGCUGCCCCGGAGCCCUGGCGCCAUGCGUGCCGCGUGGUGAGGCGGCCGGGGCGUCGCGAGUGAGCCAGCACGGGGGUAAUAGCUGGUAGCGGGCUGCGGCUUGCCCAGGGUCACAGCCCGCCGCACUGGGCCGGCCCCGGGGCCUGUGCGGCGGGAAAACCCCACCGGGGCCCGAGAUGGGAAGCGGGAAAACCUGUAAUGGCAACCGAGAAAACCUCAGUGGGCCCCGAGGCCUGUUGCGCGUCACUGACUUCGGGCGAGCAUUUGCGCCGCGCCGGAAACCUAGAGCACAUUGGCCGGCGGCGGUAUGAAAAAAAAAAAAGCCGGCGAACAAAAGUAGAGCGCGCGAGGCUGUCGCCCGCGCGGCUCAAUUGCUGAAAUAUCUAUGGCAGGCCGUGGCGGAAGCUAUUGAACCGCGCUGCGGCAAGCUAACAUGUCACCAGCACGGCCCGGCCCGCGGCCCAGGAAAUGGCUGCCCAACCUAGAGCCCCCUCCUAUCUCGGUAGAAUAUAAGUCGAGCACACCAUGGGGGGGGAUUUUACCACCGAUGGCGCCCGACAUUUAUAAGAGGCGAGCCCUCGGCGCGCAGCUGUGGGCGUUGUCGCGGCCUGUUUCGGUGCGUGGCAGGCUGGGCCCAUUGAAAAAGCAGGGCGGGGGGCCCAUGGCGGGCGGCGGGCUUGGGUUUGCACAGGCGCACACCCCUAGAAGGCGGGCGCGCGCAAGAUGAAACCCUCAGCCCGUUGCGUUUCGUUCUCGCUUCGGACCCUAAGCCGCUGUCUGCAGGCAUGGAUGCCCAAGACAGAGCAGGGCGGCAUGGCCUGGCAAGUAAGCGCAUAACCCGAAGGGUGUAUGCGAAGAAGCUCGGUGGCCCUCACGCUGGGGGUUUACUUCUGUGGGGCAAGUUCUGGCCCUGGCCUUGUGUGCCCGCUGCUAUUUGCUGGGCCACUUCUUGCGUGGCGAAUAGCCCAAGCUUUCGCACCUUUUGCGUGGCAAGUAUGUAUCUGCUGGCGGUUUUUUUUAUUUAAGUCCAAAGCAAUCCCGGCAGUGAGUGCGGACCCUUCAAAUGCUGCGCCUGCUACAACUUUCAAAGAAACACCUCAAAGGCCGGCGGCGUCAUGCUUGCCGUCGACCUUUGUGGUGUUUCAAAAUCUUGCCACAACAUGCCGGAUGCUGUCGGCAUUUCCGGGUCCUUCAGGCGAUGGCAGCGCCCGGCCACUUUGUCGCGGCUAUACCGGUACGACCCGCCGGCGGAUAAGCCGGGGGGGGGCCCCCCCCCGGCUUAUCCGCCGGGGGGGCGGAUAAGGAUUUCAUUGUUACCCCACUCUUAUGCAGGUGGCGAUCUGCAGAAGAACUAUGAUGAAUUAGUGGGAUAGGAGGCCACACCGGGAGCAGCCCCCCGGCCGGCGCGCGAGGUCCCGAAACCAUGCGGGAACUGGGGCGGCCUCGCCCGGGUCACCCAUCUGCGCGCCCCCGUGCGGGUUUUCAGUGCCUUGGGCUUUCUUUUCUUGCUUGGGUGUGAAAUCUUUUCCCGGGGGUUCUGCCCUUUGUUUUGUUUGUUUAUCUUUCGGGCCCUGCAGGUGGUUCUGCGGUCUUUGGGAAGUGGCGUAAGGGAGCCAGUUGGGUCGUUGAAGAAAGUCGCUCGGGCGGCUCUCGGUGCGUGGAUCGCUCGCUGUUCGCUCGUUGCUCUCUCGAUGGGCGCCUCCCCCUUCCCCGGGGGUUGUGCUUGGCGCCACGGGCCAAGGCGCGGCGCGCCUUUGGAAAAUAAAAAAACGACCGAGGCAGGUCCGGCGAGGAGCGAACACGAAGGCGGGGGGCGUUCGGGCUGCAGCGCCCGCGCCCGCGGUUUUGGCCCCCCCUUGGUCGGGCUGGCUAUGGCUUGGAAAGGUCAGCUUUUUUAUUCGGUACCGAUAUGGGCGCGCGGCUCCGCGUGCUCGCGGGCGCGCCGAAAACAAAAUCGCCGCCGCCUCCAUUAGAGGGACUCCGCGCCCGGCGCGGUUCCCGCUAGAGGAGGUCGGUGCCUGGUUUUCUCGGGAUCCGGCCUCGGCCUUUUUUUAUCUCUCUGCGAGAUGUUCUGCACACGCCGGGCGGCCCGCGCUCAUUAGUGAACGUAGCGCCGCGCCGGCCCUUCUAUACCUCGGGGCGCGGUGGCUCCUUCACUUGGGUGGCCCCGUGGGGCAUAUGUUUUAUCUACACCUGCGCCGGGAAGAUGGUUCGCCCAACCUAUCCCGGCCCCUUUAUAUUAUUUUCUUCGUUUUAUUUAUUUCCUUCCCUGUGGUUUUCGUUUUGCCAGCCUUACAAAUCCGCGACGUCGAGGUCCUCCGCUGCGCCUUCCACGGGGGCGUCCGCGGCCUCGUCCACGUUCGCAUUCACGGCGCCGCUAAACUCGGCAAAGGAGGUCCCCCCGGUGAACAGCCCCUGCAGUGGGUGUUCGUUCCGCGGAACCUCCUCCGCCCUGAAGCGGCCCGUCUCCUCGUUCACCCCCAAGCGCAGCAUAUGGCGUUCUCAAAUGUUACGUUCUCAACCGUUACGCGAUUUGUCAUGCAGAAUUCCAAUCAGAAUCGACGCGACCAAAUUGCUUCGCAUGACAAAUGCCCGAAGGGACAAACAGGAUGAGAGUCUCUCUGUGCCGAAUCUGUCACGCAAAAGGCACAGGCUUCCCCCUUUCAGUUUUGCUAUUCUUGCUGCACAAAUUCACGCAGCAGCUGGGAGCGUAACAGUUGGGAACGCCAUCGGCCCGGCAAAUGGUGCGGAACAGCUGCUCCAGCUGCGGACAAUCACCGAUGUCCGCCUGUGCGGCGGACGCGGACAUCCAGUACCCCAGUGGCCUGACCGAGGUGUUCGGAAGUUUGAGCUUGGGUCCAUACUUCUUGAACUCCUCGGUCUUGAGUUUGAGCUUGGGAUUAAAUACAAAGAAGGGCAAAGAUGAUGAUGUCGCUAGGGCGUGAUUCCUAACGUUAAAGAAGGCCUCUUUACGUAGCUAGUUAUUGCUUUUCAAAUGGACCCAAAAUAGGAGACCUAUGGUUCGGGUGUGAAUUUCUUCACCCAGCUUCUGUUCCCUUCCUUGAGUUGCUGCGGUGUUGAAGUUUACACCUAUGCUCGACUGUGCAAGAGGGUUUUUGCCUUACCCCUCUAAGGUCUCAGGAAUCACGCAGCCACACUGUUUCCAAACCCACGCCGACACUACCAAAAAGACUUUUUGAUAUAGAAUGAAAAAGCCACAAAGAAGCAUGCUGCAGGGGGAAGGGAAAAGGCUUGCAGCUACUCAAAAAGCGCGGCCAAGCAUAUUUAUCAGAGGGCUUGCCUGGGGGUAGUUUCUGCAUAGUUGCCGUGCUUGCGUAUUUAUAUCGUAAUAAAGACGUAGAAGAGCAAGGGCGCGACUUGGUCGGCAACUGCCCCCUUCUCUGCCUUCCUCCUGCAGCAAUACUUCCAAAAAGAGCCUAUGCACAGCCAACAUUCCGCCGCGCCCAGCCAUGCAUGUCGUGGCACUUCGACGUCCCAAAGGUUGCCUCUUCUAAACUCACAAGCGUGAAUUGAGAUUUCCCGACCUUUAGGCUUAGCAUUUUAGGCGUGAGGGGCGGGGCAGUGGGCCACUAGGAGGAACAGGUACAGAAUCACCACCGAAAAUGGGAGUGUGCUGCAGCCUUCGCGUUACAUUACCACGGUUGUCGACUCCCACGCUCAGCUGGGGUGGAGGCAACCCGGUGGUGUGACUAGCUGCGUACUGACCAAUGUGAGCAACCGUAGCAUUGUCGCGAGGAGGAGGGAACAGCAGUCCGGAGACCGGUGGAUUCGCAACGCGAGAAGCCGGAGAAGGGGUCAGACCGCAACCUACAGAACACGAAUUGGAACCGUGAUGAAAUGAUGAUGACGAGCCUGGAUCAACACCCUUUCCGAUCUGAAGUUGUCAUUAGAUGCAUUGCAGUUUUAUGUUUGUGCCUAUGUAUUUAAAAAAAAAAAAUCUUCGAUUGAUAUUAUGCAGGUGGCGAUCUGCAGAAGAACUACGAUGAAUUAGUGGGAUACGUCGUUCAGCUGGAACAGGAGACCAUCGAAUUGCAGAAAAAGCUGAAGUCCGCCAAGGCUGGUUACAAGUUGUGGCACAUCAUAAUCUGCGUUCUGAUCGCCUGCGCCGCUAUGAAAUUCUUCAUGUCGCAGGAGAUGUAGAAAGCGCAAGCGCACACGAACUGGUGAUAGUUGUGAAUGGAGACAAGGAACAAAAUUCGGAACGACAGGAAAAACUUCAACUGCAGCUGUUUAAACCACAACAAAAUUGGCGACUACGACAAAAUAAAAACUUUUUUUUCAUGAUGUGAGCCGUCAUUUUUAGAACUUUCUCACCCAAAAACCUACUUUCUAGGCGAAAAACUUUCACAGCCUACGUUGCUCCUUCUACACAGCAGCCAAGCGACCAAGUUGGGAUGAGAAAAUUGCUUUCAGACUAUACUCACCCGGGUUCUGCUCUCGAUUUACGCGCAAUGAGUCAAAACGAAGCAAACCUUAACCCUUUUGACACCGCACCCUUCUCACGACUAACCGCCUUUGCCCUCGCCUUUAUCACUCCCCAAGUAGUGCUACCGCGAAAAAAUUAAUUACUUAUCGCGCAGGAUUCAGUUACUUACAGUUUCAGCUUCACAGCCUACCUCUAAAUACAGAUACGCUUUAUUCAGAUGUAACAGUACUUUCGAUCAUCGAUUUCGUAGAGAGUACAGCACCACCAAGUCAGUAGACUCUGGUUUAUUUAUCACGGACACUCAAGGUCCGCUGUUGGUAGAGUAGAUGGAUACAACGCUCAACCCUGGAAACAUUUUUGCUCGUUGUAUCUGAUUCAUCCGUCAUUUCAACAAGUUUGACCAUUCAACAAGCAUUCUUCCGUUUUCAAUUCUAGUCUAACAACAAGUGAUACUAGUCGACACAGUGUUUGUGUGUGUUGUGUCUACGAGAACAAGCAGCACCAUCGAGCUGAGGCGGUAAGUGGGAGUUGUACCGAAAAUUCCUCGCAUAAACGCAAGUUGACCACGCAAACGGCCCAGAGGAGGAGGUAUAAAAUGUGAUUUGACCAGUUCUUCUACAGCCGACGAGGGAGCUCAGAACAACACUUGCUGCGUUCGCAGCUUCUUUUUCGUUUAGUGCUGAAGUCAAGUCUCUGCCUCCAGGAAUGGCAGUAGCGUCAAUAAACGCAAUCAACAGGUACCUUACCAAGAAGCUCAAGUGCGCUUUCUCGUCGACACUAUCUCGGGCAGCCAAAGCAGCUGUGCGCCGGGUUUGCAAGCGAAGAUUUAUACCUAUCGACGGACAAUGGACCCGAUAAAAUGCUGAAAAUGAACAUCACUCUAGAAACAAAAAUAUGAGCCUCAAGCUAUACAGGAUCAUGAUGUAAAAAUAAUCCGGAAGAAAUUCACUUGGCCAUGUUGUAUCAAAAUAAGUUCCAAACGCUACGUAGUGUGUGACGUGGUCUACUUCAUCCACGCCCGGAUGGAGCUCAGGGGUGAACUACCCGAGAGCUUUGCCUAGCCUCGCUUCAGUUCGUGUUCGAGCAAAGAAAUUUUC